ACAACCGGGAGAAUACAUAUUUCAGUACCUAAUUGAUUUUAGUUUAUGUUGUCUUGAUAUUUUCAUUUUUCAAUUCUUCCAUAGUUACAUUAAUAAUUAUCGUGUUAUUCUGUUUCCGUGUUUCAAGUCUCAUAAUUACAUACUCGAGGUCACGUACUUAGUUACGUCGCAUGAUCUUAUGUAAUUAAUCAUUAUUCAUUAGAUCAUUAUUACUUAUUAAUACGAACGUUUUAACCUGAGAGUUAAGGAAUAUUUUGGAACGUGUUUAAAAAAUAAUUUUUUCAAAAUGGUAAAGGCAGUUUGUGUUUUAAAUGGUGAAAAUGUCAAGGGUACCAUUUUUUUUUCACAAACUGAUGAGAAAUCUCCUGUAGAAAUAACUGGUGAAGUAACUGGACUAUCUAAGGGCCGCCAUGGAUUUCAUAUACACGAAUUUGGCGAUAACACUAAUGGUUGUAUGAGCUCGGGUCCACAUUUUAAUCCUUUUGGAAAAACCCAUGGAGCUCCUGAUGAUGAUGUGAGACAUGUUGGAGAUUUAGGUAAUAUAGAAGCUCCUGGUUCAUCUGUGACAAAAGUAAAUUUCAAUGACCCAAUCAUAUCGCUUACAGGACCUCUUAACAUCAUAGGUCGUACUUUAGUAGUACAUGCUGACCAAGACGAUUUAGGUAAAGGAGGUCAUGAGUUAAGCGCUACAACAGGAAAUGCUGGAGCCAGAAUUGCUUGUGGAGUUAUUGGAAUCACCAAAUAAAUAAUAUUUAUUUAGUAUAAAUUGUAUUUGAUAUUAAAUGGAUUUGUAGACAUAUUAUAGGAAACAGAUAUUUAUGUAUUUUUGUCAAUAAAAUACAUAAAUAAAAACAAAUCAGUACACAUUUUCAUUUAUUAUUAUUAAUCAUAAGUAGGUAAUUUGUUUUAUUUUUUUACUGAAUUAGCUUCUAAAAUAGAAUCAAAAAUGUGUUACUAAUAAAUAUAUUUGGUGUGGUUA